AUGGUGGAACAGACGCUGCUGGUAGCUUCCCAAUCCACGGAAGAUGAUCUGCGCAUUAACAGCCUGGCACUCCUCAACACGCUGGCAAGGUGCGGCCUCCUCAGUCUGACAUCCUUCGACAAGCGUGGCGGACAUGCGAUUCAUCGAAGCGGCCAGGAUAUCAAGCUGCUGACGGAGGCACUGAAGGCUUCGCUGCUUUCCGCUGACGUGCACGCACAGCUGCUCGCCUGCCAGUUGACCACCCUUCUCGCUUGCGACCCUUCUCUCGUCACAGAGGCAGACAUCGCACCGCUGGUAGAAGCGGACGUCGACAUGUUCGUUUACGAAGUGCUUCGAACCACAAGACCAGGUGCGCAAGCCGUUUCCGAAGACGCGAUCCUCGCGGCCGCCAUCCAGGCCCUCAACGCGCUCUCCCGUGCGGGAGACCCGUUCCGCAGGCACUUCGUGUUCGGCUUCGAGGCAGUCGUGCACGCGCUGGCGAGCGCCGUGGAAACCAGCUUCGCCGCUCUUCAAGCUGACGUGUGCGCGCUGCUCAGCACGGCCGUAGAGACUAACCCAGGCAGCCUGCCGACAGCCAGCUCCGAGCAGCUAGUCUGCGCUCUUGCUUCGGUUCUCGAGCAACAUUUGGACGGGAUCCAAGCGACCUCGUCGCACAACGAACCUCUCAACCCCGCCGUCUUUGCCUGCACUUGCGGCUCGCUCGCGAGCGUGCUGACGUGGCGGUCCAGUCUGCUGACGUCAGAGAAGACGGCAGAGGCGCUGACGGUUGCUCUGAGCAUUCUCAGUGCCGUUGACGGCAGGAGCGAAGCAGAGGACUACAUCCGCGUGGCAGCCAAUCUGCUAGCAAAAGCGAUCGGCGUCGUCCUUUCCCUAAACAGCGGCGGGAUUGGAGAAGGGGAAGCUGAUGUUGCAGCUUUGCUGAUAAAUCACUGCGACGUUUACCUUGUACCCGCUUACAUAAGCUGCCAGGAAGAUGCGCUAAAUUCGAACGUCCAUAUUGCCGCGCACGAGGCCCUAUCGGCUGCGUUGCAGCUUCCAGUAGAGUGCGCGCAGCUUCUCGCGCAGAAGCUGGCGGCGACCAUGUGGAUCCGCCUCGACUUCGAGCUUCUCGCAAGGAUGACUUCGGAAGCCACGCUCCGCGGAGCCAUUUUUCGCUUCUUGGCAGUCCUCGUGGGACACGUGUCUGGCUCAGAGGCCGGCGAGCUGAUCAACAAGGUGAUCGUCAGCCUGCCGCACAACGCUGAGGGUAUGCUGGCCGCUCUAGAAAAUUCUACUGGCGGGACGAGAGAGGACAUUGCGCUACAAGAAGCGGUACUGGCACUCCUUCACUGUGGAGCACUGUAUCAGGAGAACCGGAUUGUCGACGAGGUGCAGCUCCUGGCGAGCAUCGAGCGCCUGCUGCUGUCGCCUGCUUGGCAGACCACCCCGGGCGUGUCGGACUCCACCAUCAAGCACCUCCUCUUUCUCUAUUCAACCACCCGCGAAGCCUCUAGCGCGGGAGGCGUCCGCUGGAACCCGCGCGCUGAGCGCGCGCUCGUGGACCUCCUAGACGCGCGGGGCGCGCUGCCGGCCGCGGCGCACGAGCUGCCACUCCCCGUUAUCGCGUGGCUUUUCCAACAAGAGCGGCUCCGGGACUUCUGCACCAGCCAGAUCGAGCGCUGGCUGAUCGAAGCACCCGAUGCGGGAACAGGAGUCCUGGGGCUUGCGGCGGAGGUGCUUGCCAAGACAAGGGAAGCGCCGUUGUUCGUGUCGAGCGUCGUCGAGAGGCUGACGUCGAGUUGUGCAUUUGAGCCGAUGGGGAGGCUUUUCCAAAGCAUGAAGCAGAUUGCGAGCGGUUCCGGAGAAGCGGGGACGGCGCUCGUGCGAGGGGGACUGAUCGAGAAGAUAAGGAAGCUUCUCCUUCUUCGUGUGAGAAAUGUACCGGUCUCCAUCCUCACUGGAACCUUCGACCUGAUUGGCGCACUUCUUCCCAACCUCGCAAGGGUAGCCGCACACGAAGCAGGAGAAUGGGGACAUCUCUCUCAGCAGGUGUGUAAGAUUUUCCUAGACGAGACGCGGCAGCCGGCGUCGCCCGCAUCGCUUCCUCUCCUGCUUGCCGGCUUGAACCUCCUAAACCGCGUCCUCUUCGACGGCCUCCUCCAAACCCCCGCGCUCCGCGAGCCCGCGGCCGCGCUCCUGGGCAACGCGGAGCUCAGGCAGUUCUGCGAGAACGUCAUCCUCGAGUCUGCGCGCUCGCAGUCCAAGGGCGCGCGCGCGCAAAGCAGCGCCCGGGACAAGCUCCUUCUGGCAGCCCUGACGUUCCAUCACUUAUGGCUGUACAGAAGUGCCCUCGAAGUUCCGUCGUUCCGUCUGGCUGCUUCCGCUCCGGAACCAUCCGCUGUGAGCUUCGGGGAGCUGCUCCAGAUCCUGCAGUCGGGGCCCAGUGCAGCGCGCGCUGUUGCAUCGUCGUGCCUCGUCGCGCUCAUCUCGCAAAUGGGGGAUUCCGGGGUCCAGUGCGGAACGGAUAAGGAGCGGCACGGAACCCCGUCUCCAAGCGGAGCCCUCACGGGGCCUCAUUUGCGCGUGCUCGCGUUCCUUUUGCAUAACCUGCUGUCCUCCGACGGCGGGCUCCUGCGACGGAACGGAUUCCGCUGCCUCGCCGGGCUCUGCCAAGCCGGAAGCCUGCCUCCCGGGGUGAGCGAAGUGGCGACCCACAGCCCUUGGAACCGGUUCCUCGCGCAAGAGUUCGUCGCUUCCGUUUCCGCUGCGAGCGAUUCCGCUGGGACGCUGCCGCUCGAAGCGGCGCCCCUAAUGACAAGCUUUCUGCGCCUGUCCCCGAGGCCAAAGUGGCUCGCAAACGUGUUGUCGCCGCAAAGCUGCUCGAAGAUCGUCGACUGGGUCUGCUCAGCCAAGCAGCUGUCGCCGGAUCUGAUCGAGUUUCUGUGCGCGCUCCGGGAGGGCGGUUUUCUGGAGGCGGACGACGUCUGCAAGCUGCAGGCCUUGUUUCAGGCGAGCCUUCCCUUCGUCGCCUGCAACCGAAAGGAAGCGGAGUCCAAUCGAGGAUGA